AUACAGUGUGUUUCAGAGCUCUGGGUGAGCUGGAGAGUGUAAGUUGCAGAUUCCUGUGCAGUCUGCUUUGUCUCGGAGAGAUGGAGCGAUUGGGUGAUGAUUCCAGGGCAGAGGUCACGUUCAUCAAGAGGUUUGCUGUUUGCCUGGGCCUUACCGUUGGACUGCAAGGUUGAGUGCACAUGGUGGAAGAACAGGCUGAGUAGGUUUUCAUGGAGUUUGGCUGUCCUUGUGGGUGACACUGGAGGUGCAGGUAAACCCCUUUGCUUGUACUGUAACAGUAGCUACAAUAUGGUCACAGUUCAGCUCCUGUUUUCUAAUACAAAACAACACAUUUAUUCUGAUAGCACAUUUUCACUACACUUCUUUUUAACUUUUAUUGUAUUUUUCAAGUCUGCUAAAUGUAAUUUAAGUUUGAACUAUAUGGACAAAAUAAUAUUACUGAUAAAAAAGCUCAAAGUAUAAACCUGCUAAAAGGUGCUAGCAAACCCUAAAGGAUGAAAUGGUCAUUAAACUAAACCAAACAAUUCAGUAGUUACAUUUAACAUUUAAGGGUUCUUCUGAUAAAAAGGUAAAAGGUGAUGGAUUUCAUUGCAAUCUGCCUGUUAGAAAAUGAAAUUUCAACAUUUUUGGCUGAUGUUGUUGCAUGAGGAAAAUGACCAUGACUCUGGGGACUACUUUGGCCCAACUGUCCAUGGGCCAAAGUGAUGAUCAGGUGCAAAGUUUGAGUGCUUGGUGUUAAACAAAAGGUCAAGGGGUAACCUCUGAAUAACAUGACUGUUACAUCAGCCCCUCUGUGAGGCUGUACUUAGUUACAGAGGUGCUGUGAGCCAAAUACUAACAUCAGCAUGCUAAUAUGCUCAUCAUGCCACAUUUACAUGCUGAUGUUUAGCAGGUACAUGUGGUGUAUUAGCAUGCUAACAUUUGCUAAUUAGCCCAUACACAAAGUACAGCUAAGGAUGGUGGGAAUGUCAUUAGUUUUGCAGACAUUUCUUUUAAAAUACUGGACAAAUUCUGAAAAGGAUGACCACCAGAGUAAAGUCAGGGAGUCACCACAAUCAUUAGGAUUAAUCCCACAGGGACCAUGAAUGCCUGUAAAACUUCUCAUUAAAACCCAUCCAGUAGUUGUUGACACAUUUUCAGUCUGAACGACCUGCCAAGAGACUGACACAGCUAUCCCUAGAGCCAUGAUGUCAGCAUGGCUGAUGAAAAUAAUAUAAUGUUACCAGCAGAUAUGUACAUGAACUUUUGAUGAAGGGUAAACAGCUUCCCUUGUUUUAUUCCUUUCAUACUCCCACAAAUCUUCAGUGCAAACACACCUCACUGCUGGUCUGAAUUUCUGACUACAGUGUCACUACAAACCAAAAAAGGGCCCACCUGUCCUCCCAUGUUGGAGCAUUUUUAGCCAUUGCCAGCGAUCUGCACCAACACAAGGUCAUGUCAUCUGAGUGCUGGGUGGAGCCCUGCGGUGAAGGCCAGGCAGAGGAGACCGGACUGGAGAGGCAACAAGGGGAAGAAGCGGAGGAGGAGGAAGUGGAGGUUCUCUGUGGGGACAGUCAGCCUGCAGAAAGCCUGAGGCAGGAGGAGCCACCUGGAGAACGGCCUUUAUCACCUGACCAUAGUGGCAUGCAGGAAGUGACAUUAGGAGGUGGACUGGAGCAGAUCCAGAGGGAGGAGACGCAGACUCGGGAAAAGAGAGAGAGGUUUUCACAUGUGAUUGUCAACCAGGAAAGCCGGGAUAGAGGGUCAGUAUCAGGUGCGGGUCUGGUCGAGCCAUAUCUCCGGAGGUCCUUCCCCAGGGACUUGUCGACCUGCUCAUUCCCGGACAGGGACAUGCAGCAGCAGGUCGAGGAGCCCCGGGGGCAUGGGCCCUUCUACUUCUUUGGAGGAGCUAACGGAGCUGAAAUAGUGAGAGGUUACUGUGAAAGCAAAGGAUGGAAGAGGAUUUACAACAAGCACAGGGAGGAUUUCAAACUCAAGUGGUGUGAGACCAAAUCACCAGCCAACUACUGUAACUUCAGGGAAGGUGAACAGUUGGUGUAUCAGAUUCCCAACAACAAGGUGCUCACCACCAAGAUCGGCCUCCUGAGCAGUCUGCGGGAGUAUGAGCGAGUCAGCAGCAAAGUCAACCACGGUCGAGGACGGAGGAGGCUGAAAAUGGAAGAGUUUAUUCCCACUACCUUCCGCAUGGAUGUAAGGGAAGAAAGGGAGGCUUUCUUUGCCCAGCAGGAGGGUGUGAGCAAUGAUGAGAGUCACAUGUGGAUCUGUAAGCCUACGGGUCUGAACCAGGGCAGAGGCAUCUUUCUGCUGAAGAGCCAAGAGGACAUCGAUGCCUUUAAACUGAAGCUGCAGCACUCAGAAGACAGCCAGACCAACAGGAAGACGCACCACCGCCAGCCUCAGGCUCGCAUUGUUCAGCAUUACAUCCAGAGUCCACUGCUCCUGAAAGGGAAAAAGUUUGAUGUGCGCUCUUACCUUCUGAUUGCCUGCACUGCACCUUACAUGGUCUUCUUUCGCCACGGAUAUGUACGACUGACCUGCGACCUCUAUGACCCCAGCUCCAACAACCUCUCUGCCCACCUGACCAAUCAGUACAUGCAGAAGAAGAACCCUCUGUACAGCCAGUUAAAGGAGGAUACCGUGUGGUCCAUGGAGAGCUUCAACACCUACGUCAACGACAGGUUUCAGGUUGCCAAGGGUCUGCCCAGGGACUGGGUGCUGGGCACCUUUGCAAAGCGCAUGCAGCAGAUCAUGACGCAGUGUUUCUUGGCAGUCAAAUCCAAGUUAGACCGUCGACUGGGCCUCUUUGACUUGAUCGGCUGUGACUUCAUGAUUGACGAGAACUUCAAGGUGUGGCUGUUGGAAAUGAACUGUAACCCAGCUCUUCACACGAACUGUGAAGUGCUGAAGGAGGUGAUACCCAGCACUGUUGCUGAGACACUGGAUUUAACUCUGGAGAUCUUCAGCAAGUGUCGUCUCAAGCAGAGGAUUCUUCCUUUGGCCAGUCAGAGGGACUUUGUGCUGCUUUACAAUGGAGUUUUCCCUCCUGAUCCAGUGCUGGCCUGGAGCAAGAGCAACACAAACAGUGACCUCAACCAAAAAAGCACCAAAAAGACUCAAGCCAGACGAUUUAAGUCAGGGACAGAGGGCAAAGUUGUGCCCCUUGAUAAUGUGAAUGUCUCCGCGAGCAGUGAAGGAAGGGGUAGUUCAAAGUCUGACGAGCACCCCAACACCUCCACUUCUACCUCCACUGCUGCCUCACCUUUCCAUCAAAGCUCUCUGUCAAUGCAGGGGCCUUUACAUUUACACAGCAGCAGCACCAUCGUACAGACUGUCAGGAGUAAGAACCUCAGGCCGCGGGUGGUAUUCAAGCCCAGCAAAUGUACUUUGCAUCAUCAUUUAAAAGCUGCAGACGACGUGACGCAUUCUACGGCACGGCAGAAGACGAGGAUCAUCAUGGCGCUGUCAUCACCAGGGAUCUCUGUUAGUGACUCUUCAGAGAGCCCUCCUCAUGAUGGACCUCUAGUGUGUGGGAACAAAUGUGAAGAAGAGCUGAGAGAGGACACAGAGCUGAGUUUAUAAGAAGAAAGAGGAACUGAGAUGCAUCAGAUGCAAACAGCUGAGAUCUAAAGCUUUAUCUGGGAAAAAAAAGACCUAUACUUUUGACACCUGGUACUGUUUUCCUCUCAAAGAAAUAAAUGUUUACUGUGACAUGAAAGAAUGUAUUUAUUACUUGAAUAAUGAUAACUGCAUUCAUUUAACUGGUGCUAUGUAAGGAAUAUGUUCUAAAGAAAGCUUUUUCUUCCAAUAAUGGUUGAUUUUGAUUUAUUUAUUUAUUUGUCCCAGAGUCAGACAUGUUUACAGUAAUCAAAGCACCCAUAGAAAGCUGUUGCAAAUGGAAAAUAUAUCCAUCAGUCAUCUUACAUGGCGUUGCGUCACUUUACAGAAACAGAAAUAGCUCCUGCCUCGUGGACAUCCAGAACCGCUCAGACAGACUGUGUACAAACCCUCCCACCAUCUUACUGUAAUUCUAACCAGGAAGAUCAACACAUGGCUCCACUGUACAGUUGUUGUGGCUUGUUGUUUUGACUGCAGCCCUCUACCUCUCCGUUUCAUAACUCAUAAUUAUCUCACUUGCCUAUCCAUAUUCGGGCCCUUUGCAUGCAAACACGGGCAGGCAUGGUCCCAUCUUUCCCAACAGGAUGCUUGCUUCACCCACAUGCUUCUCAACAAGGAGGCUGAGCGCAUCAGAGAGCCUGACUUAUCAACACCAAGAGGUUCCCAGUGUGAGUUCAGAGUGUAAAAAAAACAGAGUGAGGAAGCUGCUCACUUCUCUGCAGACAGCCAACUGACAGGAAGGAAGGAACAGCUACUACGCUGCGACUCGACAAGAACUUUUAUCUUCAAUUCCUCUUCAAAAGCUUUUACACCUUUCGUUCUCGUGGCUGGAUGGAAACAUACACUACAUGCUGGCAAAAAGGGGGAACUAGAGCUUAGCAGUGCCACCCCCUCCCUCCUCCUCUCCAGUGCACAAUAUCCUCUUUUGGACCCAACCAGCCCCCGUGUUUUGUUAUCUCUUUGGUUUUAGUGCGGCACACACACACACACAGAGGGGAUGACUGUCUGGGCAGAUGGUGCUCAGUGUGAGGACUAGAAGCUGAGACGAGGUGCAGAGGGACAG